GUCGUUGUGUCCUAUGGUGAAUCGUCCUCCAACGCCACUGCGUAGUACAGUUCAUCCGGGGCUCUCUCAACGCAGAGAUCAAUUGCAUUGUGAACUGUGGGAUGAAGGUUGCAGUGUCAUCCAAGUUGGUUCUGAAUGUAACCUGCGAUCGCUGUAUACAAGUAGAUGUAUUGGCAGUCCAGUAUCUUUGGAAGGUUUUCAAGGUUAUCAAUUCGACCAGCGGAACUAAAGUCGAGAUCUCGGACAUAAUUAUGUUUGAGAAGAAAGACAUAAGCAGUGGAAGAGGGGCGGUGAUCAAGGAGAAUGUGCUGGAAGGCUGUCAGACUUACCGGGUGGAGGUCAACGUGACACUGCUGGCUGACAACUCCAAUGGCUUUGCCGCCAAGGAGUUCAGGACAAACUGUCCACCCUGGGGUGGCAACUGCACGGUAUUUCCGCUUGAAGGCAAUGUUAUGAUGGACUCUUUCUCGAUGUGGUGCACUGGCUGGAAGGACGAGGGCUUUUCUGAGGACGCCAACACUACAAGUGAUGUCAACGAAAAAUCGCUACUUUUGGCGCCUUUGAUUUACAAGUUUUUGCUGAGAAAAAAUGACACCGUUUUCCCCAUCGCUCAAGGAGGGGAAAGCAAAAUGCCUCGAGGAAUGCUGCCAAUUUUUAGUGGAGCAAAUGAUUCUGUGUACGAGCUGGUGGCUCGUAUUUAUGAUCCAUGGAAUGACUUCGUUGAAGUUUCCCAGCCUAUUAACCUUUACUUCGACGAUAGCAAUGCAAGUUUACAAACUACUUUGACAUUUUGGGAUGGUCAAGCUUCCUACACUAACUGGUCAUCGAACUUGGAAAAGAAAAUGAAGAGCUUAACUAUUGCAAGCUCUCUGAUCUCUACAUACAAUGCUUCAGACAAUCAGACACAACUGCAAGCUGCUCAAGAAAGUAGUUCAGGAGACACAAAUAAUGUGGUCAAUGCCGGCUGGACCGAUAUUUGGACUGAACUGCAGUAUCCUUCAGGCACGCCUAUCAAGGACAAUCUAACGGCGGUCACUGACAAGUUCAUUAACAUGGUGAGGUAUCGCGGAGAGGACGCUAAGAACCUCUCUGGUCACGGACUGACGACCCUGGCGGAAGGUCUGAGCCUGAUCCUCCUCAACCCCGCCACCACCAGCCCCGACUCCGUGAGAGCAGCCGUUGAGCUCAUAGAGAUGGCCACGGAGGCAUUGCGAAGCUUGUAUACCACGAAACCUUACCCAAUAAUCGAGAACCUCAAAGAAUCUGUUUCCGCAAUGACGGCGCUACUGGAUCGUCUCGUCGCUGCAAGCGUUCCGUCAUAUAACAUCACAGAUGGCAGUGGAAUCGUCUUUAACUCCUCAGACGUCAGUCAAGACGACAAGAUUUUUAUCCAAGAGAGAUUGAGUAUCGCCUCGGCCGUAAAGGAUCAGCAAAAGAUAGACCUAAUCAAGAACGUCUUGCCUAAGUUGGAGGAAACGCUACGCGCCAUGUACGACUCUCUUCUCGCCGGAAUGGUCGUGGAUCAAGUACCAGAAACGAUUGAAAGAGGUGGGAUAUCGUUAAUGGCCAGCAAGAUGACAGGCACGCCCUAAGCACCAGCACCAUCGUCGCAGACCCUAAAACGGUUCUUCUGGAAAUUAAAAGCGGCGACACAGCGAGCGACCCACACGCGGUGGUAGAUGUCAAGGCCACGGUGUACACCCAGAACCCGUAUGCCUGGUCAAGCGAUUCCUCUUCAUACAACAUCACGUCGCCGGUCGUGCGGUGGAUCUGCGAGACAGCAAAGGUACCCGAGCGCUGAGCACACUCAGCAUGAC